AUGGAUUCUCGAACGUGCGAGGGUCCCAUGGACUGGGAGUACCAAGAUCGAGGCCCCUUCGACCCCACCAGUCCCUUCGCACAAGCCGCCCAGAAUGUCGCGAGAGGCAACCUGUUUGCCUCGCCUCUCAAAUCUCCGACUCGAAGAAAUCAAAAUCCCUUUACCAAUCCUUCGACGCCGUCGAAAUACCGUCCGUUCCCUCCGCAGACGUCAAGCUUCACGCCGCAGGUGUCGUCGAGGAACAUGGCGCCGCCCUUCCGAAAUCCUGCCUUCACGACGCCCAGGAGACCGAUCGAUGAAGUCGUGCUCUCGGAGGCUUCGGGUGCCGAGGACAGUCCCGCGCUGACGGAGGUGUCCGACUAUCCCAACGACACGCCCGAGGUCGACCACAAAUCCGACGUCGCCAUGGGCGGUGCGAUGCUGCCGCUCAAGAUCGACAAGGCGUCCAGAUACGGCAAGUCGGGGCUGCCUUCGAAGAAGCACGCGGCGGGCAGGGGGGAGAUUAGGCCGUGCCGAGAGCUGUCGAUUAGCAUGAGGAAGCGGAAGCGGCACAACUACGACAGGGACGUCGGCAGCGUCGGCCGUCACCACGGAACGGACAGCGACGCGGACUCGGACACGAACGCCGUCUCCCACGCCUCAAAGGCGAAGAGGCCCAACGACAGGCUCCGGCAGAAGGGCACCUUUGAGGCCUUCUUUCACAUGCUCAACCAGUAUCCCAACGCGCCGGAUCACAUGCAGCGAUGGAUGCAGUUUGGGGCCAAUCUCUUUCUCGUCUGCGUCCUGGCGUACCUCGGCUGGUCCAUCGUCAGCACGGUGCGCUACGACAUCUUCCGGGCCAACGAGCUCGCGAGGCAGGAGCUCGAGCGGAAGAUGACGGAAUGCCAGACGCAGUACCGCAUCAACGAGUGCGCCAAGGGCGACAGGCCCGCCCUCACGGCCAUGUGCGGCGAGUGGCACGAGUGCAUGAUGCAGACGCCAGAGUCCAUCAUGAGGAUCAAGGUGACGGCCAAGCAGGUGGCCGAGAUCAUCAACGAAUUUUCCGAGGCCAUGAACCUCAAGGCUUGGGGCAUCGUCGUUUGCUUCAUAUUCGUCUGCACGACGCUCAACGUCGGCACGCUGAGCAGGCCCAGCGGCAUCAAGUCGAGCCCCUCCCCGCCGUUGUCGAGCAGCGGCUUUCGAGAUUCGGCCAAGUCGCCGGGCAUCGCCCCCGGCUACAUGCUGGUGCCGGUGCAGACGCCCAAGGUGCAGCGUUCCGAGAUGCUCGACGAGGGGACGGACACGGAGAAUUCGCCGCUCAACCUGAUGCCGGCGCUGCCGCACGGCACUCCGUCGGGGAGACGAAGCCCCAGCAAGGGAAGCCGACAGCCGAGUCCGGUCAAGUACGGACGAGCUCCUCCGAGCAACAUCUACCGCUGA